AUGUUCGAAGCAUUACUAAGCAAAGCACUUAUUCUAAAGAGGAUUGUUGAAGCCUUAAAAGAGCUCGUGACAGAUGUAAACUUCGAGUGUACGCCUGCAGGCAUUUCUCUCCAAGCAAUGGAUGCUUCUCAUGUUGCUUUAGUCACUUUUAUCCUUGACGCAAAUGGCUUUGACGAAUUCCGCUGUGAUCGCGCCCAAACUUUAGGCCUUUCAAUUACAAAUUUAGGUAAGAUUCUCAAGUGCGCUGAAAAUGACGAUCGCGUUCAAAUUCGUGCUGAGGACAAUGCGAGUAUAAUUACGUUUAUUUUUGAGGGAAAAGAUGAUGAUAAAGUGUCUGAGUUUAAUCUUAAUUUAUUAAAUUUAGACUCAGAACAUCUGGGGAUUCCAGAACAAGAGUAUCCUUGUGUCAUUACCCUGCCAAGCGCAGAAUUCACAAGGAUAUGCCGAGAUAUGUCACAGAUGACUGAAACAUUGGCCAUUGAAGUAACAAAGCAAAGCGUCCAUUUUAAAGUUGGGGGAGAUAUUGGGGAAGGAAAAAUUUCACUGAAGCCCAAAAAUGAUGGAAAAAAUAAAGUUCAUUUAGAAGUCAAUGAAAAUGUGAGCUGCUCAUAUGCAUUGAGGUAUUUGAACUUGUUCAACAAGGGCGCGAGUUUAGGAGAUGAAGCUGUACUAAUGAUUGCUACUGACUUGCCCUUAGUUUUGAUUUUUAAUUUUGAGUUGGGAGUUUUGAAAUAUUACUUACUCACAUGAUGAAAUAAAAAUUUUUGAUCAAAAUUUAGAAGAUCAUAAAAAUUUGAAAAUAAAAAUUUAAUUAUAGAAUAAAUAUUUAGAAAGCAAGCUAUUUAAAAGUUCUAUAGGUAUUUAAUUAUAAUAACUACAACUUAUAUUAAAAAUUUUACUAUCUUGCAGCGGUUAUUAUCCCAAAAAAUUUGGAAUUUACUGAUAGUUUUUCUCGUCAACGGAUGGGGAGUUAGCACCUAAGGUGUCUGAAGAUUAA